UUCAAACGUCAUACUGAAGGGGGUGAUAAAGCCUACUAGUGUCCACGAUAAAAUCUCAUGUUGCUGAGUAAACCUGAAAAUAAAUAAGCACAAAAUAAUGGCAACAUAGCCAUCAUGAACAAAAAAAUUGUUAAGCAGCUUAAUGCCGAUUUUUCCUGCGUCUUUUCGCUUACCGGGGGCAUUGUACACGGUUACUAGGAUCUUUCGUCUGGGUUUCUUUUCUCCACCCUCGAGAUUCUUUAAUGGAAAGGAAAGAAGGGUGCGCAACAGCACGGACUGUGCGCCCUGAGCGAUGUCUUUUUACAUGCGAACGGAUGUGAAUCAACGGACCGCGUUAGAAGAAGGAUGCUGUGGCCGUAAACACGGAUUUUUGCGCCCAGAGAAAGACGCAGCAAUGAAUAAAUAAUUACGGCGGUUGUAAAACGUGCACCGGACAGGCGGAUCGCCCAGUCGUUAAACCACGUUAAAACGCGGGGGACUACGCAUGUUAGAUUUGUUUCGCCCCUGCAUGAAAUAUCAGCCGCAUAGGCGCUGUUAUAAUGCGGGCGUGAGGAACAUAUUGGAUUAAAAAGGCUGUCGGGCUUAAAGUGCAAGGGUGGGCCAGUUAAGGGCUCUCCGACAACAUCUUUAGUUCCGGGGGUGUGUGCGACACUAGAGCACUGGCAUGUCGAACCGAAAGCACCGGGACAACCAGGAGGUAUGCGCCCGAAAGGUCCGAGAGCUCGCCCAGACGGGGGUGAACAAGCAUUGCUUUGAGUGCAAUCAGCCCGGGGUGACAUACAUUGAUAUCACAGUGGGCUGCUUCGUUUGCACAUCAUGCUCUGGAAUGCUGAGAGGACUAAAUCCACCCCACAGAGUUAAGUCUAUUUCCAUGACAACCUUCUCCCAACAGGAAGUGGAGUUUUUGCAAAACCAUGGCAACGAGGUUGGAAGGAGAACUUGGCUCUGCAUAUUUGACCCAAAAACAGACGGCUGUUUUGAUGCACGUGACACACAGAAGCUAAAAGAGUUCCUCCAGGAAAAAUAUGAGAGAAAGAAAUGGCAUUUCUCUAAAAGCAAGAUUCGCAGGGAUGCAGAGGCUCCAUGGGGUCCGGGUGUUCAGGCUGUUCCUGCUUCACAUGGUCCCGCUCAAAAUCAGCCUCCAUCUGGACAUUCUCAUAUUCCCACAAUCCGGCCCACUCGAACACUGUCCCAGUCUCAACUAUCAGUAUGGGACAGAGCUCCUGCUGUGUCUCCAGCUGAUAACCGUACUGAAGGGUUCACUACCAGACCCACCCGCUCUCAAAGCUUCAGAGACCCUCCCAUUAAAGACACCUUGUUGAGUGGAAUGGAGAGACAGAGACCAGGGACCAUUUCUUCAGGAGUUGGACCCCAGUGUCAUCUCUCCUCCUUUCCUGCCCUUCCACGUCCUUCAGCAAGCACCACUUUCAAAAACAGCUUCACUUUAGGUCGCACUUUGUCUACUGGGGCGGGCGCUCCAUUCAGAUCCUUCCCUAAAUCACUUAGUUUGGAUUUUGGAGGUCUAAGCCACAUCCAUAACACGCUAAGUACUGCUGCUCCGCCCACUGCAACUCAGGAUAAGUACGCAGCCUUAUCACAGCUUGACAAGGUGUUAUCAGACAACACUCCUGUCCCAGCUGUUUCAACAACUCCCUCUGAUGGACCCCCUCAGUAUAGCACCCUUUUUGGUAGCCGGCUGUCUUCAAGUUCCACCCCUGCAAGUUCCCCAGGAGUUCCAGAGGCCACCUCUGGAUCACAAACAUUUGCAAAUUUCCCAAACCCUUUCAGUUCUACAGCCAGUUGCACCCAGCCUGUUCUCUCUCCCAGUAACCCCUUCAAAAGCACAGCCACGGAUGACACCUCCUCCUCAGCUGUGUUUCACCAGUCUGUCUCUUUUCCUGCUCCCACCACCCAAAGUGCUUUCUCACACCAACAGUCUAGUAACCAGGAAACCAAUGGUUUUAACUCAUUUCCUGCACCUGAGUCUAAGCCCAAAGUCCCACGACCAAUGUCUGUCAACCCUUUUACUGGGAAUGUUUACCCUAGCAGAGGAGCUUCGCUGAACCCCUUCAUCUGAUCCUGAACCAGAGGGGGCUCAACCAGAUGAUAACAACACCCAACACCUGUCUGAUUUCUGACUUUGAGUUUAUGUCUGUCUGUUCUUGUAUGUUCAAUUCUGUGGAUGUUUGUUAUCAUAUAUUGUACAUGUUAUUGUUUGUACAAGCUGUGCGAGUGUGUGCUCUUUUUGUAUCAGAUGCUAUAAAUCAAGCUAUAUAUGCGUGUGUGUUUGUGUGUGUGGGUUUGCCAAAUAUCGGAAUGUUUUCUGAUAGCAGGAGAAACUCAGGUGAAAAGGUGUUUAUUAGAACCCUUACCAAUUACACACACACAUGCACACACACAAGCCGCUGCUUUAACUUUCAGUUACUGCCAAAUGAUAGUUUCUUGUGCCAACAAAACACAACAAAAACAGUAGCAUAUUUAAGUUUCGGAUUAUCUCAGUAAUGCAUUUGGUUUUUAGGAUCCAGCUGCAUGUUAAUGAGACGGCAUAAAUGACGCAGACGUUCCUUCACUUAUCUGUCUGUGUAUGUAUGCCGAGCUUAUUUCUCCAUAUUUUGACGUUGAUGUUUUUUUUACAUGUUUUUAAUGUAAUUGUGUGAGUAUUGUCGGACUGCAUGCGCUUCACAAGAGCGGGAAGCUGCUGAAUGUACUGCAAUUUCAUUUAUUAUGAGGGAUUAGUGUAUGGACCAAAAACUGUCUAAUACUGUCAUGCAUCCUGUAUAAUGUAGAGAUUGUUUAUUUGAAAACAGAUUAUAUAGAACGGUCUUGUAUUGAGCUGUAUCCAUAUACAUAAAGCUAACUGUUGUAUCAAUGUGAUUCUGUCUAUGUGAUGCAAAUCAAAUUGAAUUUGCUGCUUUUGGAUUUUAAUGCAAUAUCUUUUUAAAACAGCAUCAUUUAUAUUUUUCUGUGAAGAUCAAUAUCGCAUUAUGAAUGUAUUUGCACUCUAUGAACAUUAGGGCUUUCAAAUAUAAAUUAAAAAAUAUUAAUUUCA